AUGGUCGCGGACAAGAGCAAGAAGGCGAAAAUUGAAGAGAAAAUCGAUGAGGAAAACAUCGAACAAAUCGAUGGAGAGCUUGUCCUCUCAAUUGAAAAGCUUCAGGAGAUCCAAGACGACCUCGAAAAGAUAAACGAGAAGGCUAGCGAUGAAGUCUUGGAAGUGGAGCAGAAGUAUAACGUGAUAAGGAAACCUGUUUACGACAAGCGUAACGAAAUCAUCCAAUCUAUCCCUGAUUUCUGGCUCACUGCUUUCUUGAGCCACCCUGCUCUUGGUGAGCUUUUGACAGAAGAAGACCAAAAGAUUUUCAAACAUCUUGUCUCUCUCGAUGUUGAGGAUGCCAAAGAUGUGAGAUCUGGAUACUCGAUCACUUUUCACUUCAGCCCCAACCCCUUUUUUGAGGAUGCAAAACUGACGAAGACUUUUACAUUCCUCGACGAAGGGACAACGAAAAUCACAGCCACACCUAUCAAAUGGAAAGAGGGCAAAGGUUUGCCGAAUGGAGUGAAUCACGAGAAGAAAGGAAACAAGCGUGCAUUACCUGAAGAAAGUUUCUUUACCUGGUUUAGCGAUGCUCAACACAAGGAGGACGUUGAUGAAGAGAUUCACGACGAGGUUGCUGAUAUCAUCAAGGAAGAUUUAUGGCCCAACCCUCUCACCUACUUCAACAAUGAUGCUGAUGAAGAGGAUUUUGAUGGAGACGAUGAUGGUGAUGAAGAGGGGAAAGAAGGUGAUUCAGAGGAAGAUGAUGACGAAGAAGACGAAGAUGGUGGUGAGGAAUGA